AUGCUCUUCCCAUCGGAGAGCUCGCGCAACCUCACGGGAGGAAACUGCAGCGACGGGUUGAACUUCACCCGGUGGCCCGAUGCCGGAGCCGGAGCCGCGCCUGCGAACGCCACCGGGGGGCCGGACCCGUUCGGGCGCAACGAGGAGGUCGCCAAGCUCGAGAUCACCGUGCUGAGCGUCGCGUUCGUCGCCGCGGUGGCGGGCAACGUGAGCGUGCUGCUGGCCAUGCACCGGACCCGGCGGAAACCGUCGCGCGUGCACCUGUUCAUGAAGCACCUGAGCCUGGCGGACCUGGUGGUGGCCUUCUUCCAGGUGCUGCCGCAGCUCUGCUGGGAGGUCACGUUCCGCUUCUCCGGGCCGGACCCCCUGUGCCGCCUCGUGAAGCACCUGCAGGUUCUGGGCAUGUUCGCCUCCACCUACAUGAUGGUGAUGAUGACCCUGGACCGCUACAUCGCCAUCUGCCACCCGCUGCAGACGCUCCAGCAGCCGACGCAGCGCGCGCACAUCAUGAUCGGGUCCACGUGGGCGUGCAGCCUGGUCCUCAGCCUCCCGCAGUACUUCAUCUUCUCCCUGAGCGAGGUGCACCCGGGCUCCGCCGUGUACGACUGCUGGGGCCACUUCGUGGAGCCGUGGGGUGUGCGCGCGUACAUCACCUGGAUGACGGCCGGGAUCUUCCUCGUGCCCGUGGCCGUGCUCGUGUUCUGCUACGGACUCAUCUGCCGCGCGAUCUGGAGGAACCUCAAGUACAAGACCCGAAGGAAGACCGUCGGCUCGGUGGCGGAGGAGUCCACCAAGAACGGGAUCCUGGGCCGGGGCUCCGUGAGCAGCGUGGGCACCAUCUCGCGUGCCAAAUUACGCACGGUGAAGAUGACGUUCGUGAUCGUGCUGGCCUACGUGGUGUGCUGGGCGCCGUUCUUCACGGUGCAGAUGUGGUCCGUGUGGGACGAGAGCUUCUCCUGGGCCGACUCUGAGAACACCGCGGUGACGCUCGCCGCCCUGCUGGCCAGCCUCAACAGCUGCUGCAACCCCUGGAUCUACAUGGUCUUCAGCGGACACCUGCUGGCGGACUUCGCCGGCAGCCUGCCGUGCUGCCGCCCGCUGAGGACCCGGUACGGCCAGCAGGACUCGGACAGCAGCCUCCGCCGGACCACGCUGCUGUCCCGCCUGCAGGGCCCGCGCCUCUCCGAGCCGUCCAGAGACCUGGACCCGAAAAACACCCCGCAGGUCCAGACCGUGUCCUGA